GCCGAUCUGCUGCUCCACUCCAGUCCAGCAGGGGGCGGUAGAUGGACCAAUCAGCUGCUUUGUCUCAGUGACGUCCCCCGGAAGUGAAACUAAAAGGCUCCAGCAGCAGCUCGGCUGGAAGACGGUUGUGUUGUGGAGUGUCAGCUGAAUCUCUGCGUAGUUUCAGCAACAAUGUCUUCAGUUCAGCAUCUGAGAGAGUUUAUCAGAGAGCGACUAACUGCUGCUGCUGAAGAAAUCUUCUCAGAGGUUGAGAAAACCAUCGUCCGCUACGAGGAGGAGCUCCAUGGUCUCCGCAGGAUGAUGGCUAUCAGCUGGAAACCAGAACUAAAGCUGAGCAGAACCGCCAUGGAGCUGCAGAGACAAAGUUCUGACCUCCAGAAGCCACAUGUCUCCAAGGAGGAGGAAGCUUCUUCCAUCCAACAGCUCUGCAACCAGAGGAGAAGGUCCAGUCAUGACCAGGAGGAAGCAGAACCUCAGUGGUCUGAAGAGGAACAGAUGGAACCAGAUCCUCCUCUGACUGAAGAACAAGAGGAACCAGAACCUCCUCUGAUUAAAGAGGAAGAAGAUGAUGCAAAACCUCCUCUGGUUGAAGAACAGGAGGAACCAGAACCUUCCCUGAUUAAAGAAGAAGAACUAGAAUAUCCACUAAUGGAAGAAGUAAAGGAGGAACCGGAUUCUUCAUGGCUUGAACAUCAACAGUCGAUGUCAGAGCAUUUACCAUCUGGACAGAACCAGAUGGACCUCUGCAGCCAUCUGGCGGGAGAGCAGCUUCUCCAGAAUCAGUCCAUUGUUCCGAUAGAGACUUCUAUUCAUCAGGAAAUUGAAGAAGAACCAAGAACUGAGCAGCCUUCCUUUCAUAUCUCUCCUGUAGUCGAAACCAAAGACCAGGAAGGAAGCAGCUCCACUGGGUCAGAGAGACAGUCUCCUACUGACACAAAGAAAAUGUCAUUCAAAUGUGACAUUUGUGGGAGAUCCUAUAAGACAAAGUAUAACUUGAAAGUCCAUCUUCAAACACACACUGGAGAAAGACCUUUUUCUUGUGAAACAUGUGGAAAAGGUUUUUCUAGACGUGAUAAAUUAAACGUACACCUGAGAACUCACACAGGUGAGAGGCCAUUUUCUUGUGAGACAUGUGGAAAAACAUUCUUUCAAAUUUAUCACUUAAACAAUCACAAGAAAAGUCAUACAGAUGAAAGGCCCUUUCCUUGCCAAAUAUGUGGCAAAGGUUUCUCUACAAUUCAUCGAUUAAAUAUCCACAAACAAAUUCAUACAGGUGAAAGGCCCUUCUCUUGUCAAACAUGUGGGAAAGGUUUUUCUACAAUCAGUAUUUUAAAUGUGCACAAGAAAAUUCACACCGGUGAAAAGCCUUUUUCUUGUCAAAUAUGUGGGAAAGGUUUCAUUGGACGUUAUCAUUUAAAUGUGCACCAGAAAACCCACACAGGUGAGAGGCCUUUUUCUUGUGAGACAUGUGGAAAAAGUUUCUCUCGAAUUGAUAAUUUAAAAAUUCACAAAAAAAUCCAUACAGGUGAAAGGCCUUUUUCAUGUCAAAUAUGUGGAAAAGGUUUUUCUACAAUAAGUAAUUUAAAUGUGCACAAGAAGAUUCACACCGGUGAGAGGCCUUUUUCUUGUCAAUUAUGUGGGAAAGGUUUCAUUGGACGUUAUCAAUUAAAUGUUCACCAGAGAACCCACACAGGUGAGAGGCCUUUUUCUUGUGAGACAUGUGGAAAAAGCUUUGGUGAAGUUAAAACACUGAAAAUCCACAUGAAACAAAAACACAAACAUGAGAAGUAGUCAUUUGACUACAUCAUUUAUAAUGAGAAAUAUAUCACCUUUUUUCUGUAGUUUUCUCUUUUUGAUCCACUUUAUAUAGACCUCAACUGAAUGGCUUCAGUGUGAAAAAGAUGUCUCAUUUAAGCAAGUUAAUACAGUAUCUGUGUGAUGACACUUUUAAGAGAAUAUGUUAAAAUGUGUGAAAGCAAAGAGCUGAGCAUAGGUAACUAACGGUGGGAGGCUAGAUGGAAAGUUCUGUAAUAACGGAGGAAUUGUCAACAGGUGACUACUUGUCUAAGUUGUUAUUUUCAUGCUGAAAGAAGGUAACAAGUAAAGUAUGAGGACAUCUUGACUCUAAAGUCUGCCUGGAAGACUGGGACAAUCAAAAUCAGAAUCAGACAUACUUUAAUAAUCCCAGAGGGAAAUUGCUUCUGUAACCCGCUCCAGAUAUUCAGAUAUACAAACAGAACGUGGGAUGAUGGGGGGGAUUCAGGACUUAUCUAAUCAGAAACUGUUAAGCAACAAAACAUGGCACAAUGCAGAAGCUGACCAAUCAAAUAGAGGAACUGUCUGGUUCCCUUGCAGAAGACUUUGAGCUCAGACCAGAGAGCGCUUCACAUGGUGCGGAGGACCUUAGCCAAGGGACAAAGCUGCAUAACUGCAUGAGAAAGGGGUCCAACCCAUGAAGAAGUCAAUCCAAACUUGGUCAGUGGACUCUGCAUACCUGAUUGCUUCAAGUGCUAUGCUCUCAGCUCUCCUGGACAAUCCUUUUCACUGACUGAAGGUAUCAUUACCUUGACUUUGGCUAGUUUAUGAUCAAGAACUAACAUCAAUGCUCUCCCACUCAGAAGAAGAGACCACUGAUAACAGUUUGCCUUCGUUCCAAAAAGUCAACAUGCCAUCUGCCCAAGGAUCUUUUCUGACUGGGGUAAAGAUCUCCGUCCUCCAUCAAAGCCUUCAUUAAAGUUUCAGCAUUAGGCAGACUUAAGUGAUCUUAACUAUUUUAUAUAAUGUGAUCCUUCUGUGCUGCCAGAUUUGUACUGUAACCAAUUCCUGUAAAAGUAUUACUGAUUAAAGAAGCAUGAAAUUUUA